AUGGCCAACGGCUUGUCCAUCCUGGCCAUGGCCGCCGCCUACGUUCAGCAAUCCGAGACGAUGGAAAUGCCGGACGACCUCCCCAGGUUCGGAAUACGCGGAGCCACACCUUCAGAUAUACCUUUGUUAGAAACCGUCGAACGAUCUGCUAUCGAAGUGUUCCGGGGUGUCAAUCUUGGGUUUCUGGUCAACCAACCAACUGUGGAUCCUCUCCUCUUAAAUGGUAUCGCGGCUGCCAACCACCUAUGGAUCGCUGUGAAUGAUUGGGAUCAGCCAAUUGGUUUUCUUGGGGGUCAGAACAUAGAUGGGAACUUCCAUCUCGUUGGGAUGUGGGUCGCACAGGGAUUUCAGGGAAAUGGCGUUGGAAAGGCACUCAUGGCAACCAUGGUGGACCAAAUUUGGCGAGAGGGAUACAAAUCUGUCACUUUGACAACCUACAGAGAUGUGCCUUGGAACGGUCCUUGGGCCAAAAAGAUGGGUUUUAUGGAAAUAACCCCCAAAACCAUGGGUAAACAAUACUCAGAUAUCCUGAAACUUGAGGGAAAGCGUGGUCUGGAUCCGAAAACCAGAUGCUUGAUGCAGAAGACAUUUUGA